AUGCGGUCCUCCUUGGCUCCGGGCAUCUGGCUCCUCCGCAGCUUCUCCAGGGACAGCUGCUACCGAGGCUUCAUCCUGCUGCUCACCUUCUUCAUCUACACGUGUUACCACAUGUCCAGGAAGCCCAUCAGCGUGGUGAAGAGCCGUCUGCACCAGAACUGCUCAGAGAUCAUCCAGCCGCCCAAUGCCACCCACAGUCCCAACGACACCACCUGGUGCAACUGGCCUCCGUUUGACCAGGACAACUACAAGGAGCUGCUGGGCGCCGUGGACAACGCCUUCCUGGUGGCCUACGCCAUUGGCAUGUUCAUCAGCGGGAUUUUCGGGGAGCGGCUCCCUCUUCGUUACUACCUUUCGGCCGGAAUGCUGCUCAGCGGCCUCUUCACCUCGCUCUUCGGCCUGGGCUAUUUCUGGGACAUCCACGUGCUCUGGUACUACGUGCUCAUUCAGAUCUGCAAUGGACUCGUCCAGACCACAGGCUGGCCCUCAGUGGUGACCUGCGUGGGCAACUGGUUUGGGAAGGGGAGGCGAGGUCUCAUCAUGGGCAUCUGGAAUUCCCACACAUCCGUGGGCAACAUCCUGGGCUCCCUGAUCGCGGGCCUCUGGGUGAGCGAGCGAUGGGGCCUGUCCUUCGUGGUCCCAGGCGUCAUCACCGCUGCCAUGGGCAUCGUCACCUUCCUCUUCCUCAUCGAAUACCCAGAGGAUGUGGACUGCACCACCCCUCAGCACCACGGGGAGCAGGAAGAGAAACAGGGCAGCCCCGAGGACCCCGGGUACAACCCCUACGGCCACCAGGAGGGCAGCCUGGAGGCGGCCGCCGGAUGGUCCAAGGAGCCAAGCACUCAGCCCACUGCCAUCAGCUUUUGGGGGGCGCUCAUGAUCCCGGGUGUCAUCGAGUUCUCGCUGUGUCUGCUCUUUGCCAAGCUGGUCAGCUACACCUUCCUCUACUGGCUGCCCCUCUACAUCUUCAAUGUGGCUCACUUCAGCGCCAAGGAGGCGGGGGACCUGUCCACGCUCUUUGACGUUGGCGGCAUCACAGGUGGCAUCCUGGCCGGGCUCAUCUCUGACUACACCAACGGCAGGGCCACCACCUGCUGCGUCAUGCUGAUCUUGGCUGCCCCCAUGCUCUUCCUGUACAACCAUUUUGGCCAGAGCGGGAUCGCCAGCUCCAUAGUAAUGCUGAUCGUCUGCGGGGCCCUGGUCAACGGCCCUUACGCGCUCAUCACCACCGCCGUCUCCGCCGACCUCGGGACACACCAGAGCCUGAAGGGCAACGCGAAGGCCCUGUCCACUGUCACGGCCAUCAUCGACGGCACCGGCUCCAUAGGUGCGGCUCUGGGGCCUCUGCUGGCCGGGCUCAUCUCGCCCACGGGCUGGAACAACGUCUUCUACAUGCUCAUCUCCGCGGACGUCCUGGCCUGCCUGCUCCUCUGCCGACUGGUGUACAAAGAGAUCCUGGCCUGGAAGUCACACCUGAGCCAAGGCACUGGGUAUAAAGAACUGUGA